AUGCGCUCAGCGCUCAUUCGCUCUUUGCGUAGCUCGCAGACACCUCUCCGCAACCGCUUUGCUCUCCGCAGCCACUCCUCGUUGACCAUGCAGCUCCCGCAGUCCUCCGCCGCGUACGUGCUGGCGCCCGAGCUCACGUGGACCGGCGAGCAGUUCGAGCGCGACGUGCAAGUGUCCGUGGGCGCCGACGGCCUCAUCCAGUCCGUCACGCGCUCGCAAGACGCCGGCAAGAGCGACGCUGCAGACGUGCACAAGCUGCCGGGUCGCGCGCUGCUCCCCGGCAUGGUGAACGCGCACUCGCACGCGUUCCAGCGCGGCCUGCGCGGCCUCGGAGAGACGUACCCCAAGAACUCGGCGCAGAGCAGCUUCUGGACGUGGCGCGAGGAGAUGUACAAGCUCGUUGGCGGCAUGAGCGAGCAGCAGAUCUACGACCUGACGCGCCAGUGCUUCUCCGAGAUGCGCGACGCCGGCAUCACGAGCGUGGGCGAAUUCCACUACUUCCACCACGGCCGGCCGGGCGAGGGCAAGAGCGGACACGAGUUCGCCUACGAUGAGACGGUGCUGCGCGCGGCCAAGGACGUGGGUAUCCGUAUCGUGCUGCUGAACGCCUACUACGAGCACGGCGGCUUCCAGCGCGCGCCGAUGGUGGAGUCGCAGAGGCGCUUCAAGGUGGACUCGCACGAGAAGUACUGGAGCCAGAUGGACGCGCUGCAGAGCAAGCUGGCAGACAUCCCGACGCAGUCGCUAGGCGUGGUGGCACACUCGAUGCGCGCUGUUGAAGUGCCCGACAUUGUCAAGCUGCACGAGGAAUCCGUGCGCCGUGGACUGGUGUUCCACAUUCAUCUCGAGGAGCAGACGAAGGAGGUGGACGACUGCAAGGCUGCGCACAAUGGAGAGACCCCGAUGGGGCUGCUGUUGAAGAACCUCAAGAUCGACGAGAAGUUUACGGCGGUGCACUGCACGUGGACCAAGGCGGACGAGCUCAAGCAGUUCGUGGAGAAGAGGGGCAACGUCUGCAUCUGCCCGCUGACGGAGGGCAACCUGGGCGAUGGCUUCCCGUUCAUUGCGAGCUGCUCGGACCGCGUGUGCCUUGGCACGGACUGCAAUGCCCGUGUGGACAUGUGCGAAGAGAUGCGCUGGCUGGAGUAUGCACACCGCCUGCAUGAGAGCAGGAGGGGCGUAUGCACUGACGCCACGUCCGAGACGGAUCUGGCCAAGCUUCUGUUCCGCUAUGGCACGAAGAACGGUGCCGAAUCACUGGACCUGCAAGUUGGUGAAAUCAAGGAGGGUUAUGCCGCUGACUUUGCGCUGGUCGACAUCGAAGAGGAACAGUUGAAGUUUUCGACGCCGUCGUCUCUGAUGGGUGCGUUCAUCUUCGGAGCCAACGGCUCAAGUGUGGUGAAGGCAACUUCGGUGAACGGAAAGUGGCGUGAGACGAUCUCCAAGAAGGUCAAGUCUGCGGCACCUGCUGCGGAGGGUGGUGCCUCUGCUGCCUCCGAUGAGCACAAGGCUCAAAUUGAGGCUGCUGCCGCAUUAGCCGACGUCAACAGCGACGACGUUGUGAAGCUUGCGAUUGGUCUGAACAGCAUUGACUCGACCUCCGGGGACGAGGCUGCUGUCGGCCAGGCAAUUGCCGACUGGCUGACUGCUCGGGGAUGGCGUGUGCACAUGCAGAAGGUGCCUCCUCAGGCCGAUGCUGCAGUGAAGGCGGACAGGUACAACGUGUACGCUUCUCGCAGUGACAGCAAGACGCCUCGUCUUUUGUUUAACUCGCACAUGGACACCGUUCCGCCAUACCUUCCUCCUCGGAUCGACAGCACGACGCUGUAUGGCCGCGGUGCUUGUGACGCCAAGAGUCUGGUUGCUGGCCAAAUGAUCGCGGCCCAGAAACUUGCUGAGGCUGGUUUCGGCGACGACGUCCAAGUCCUCUUUGUCGUGUCGGAAGAGACCGACCACAGCGGCAUGAAGAAGGCGAACGAGUUGAACGUGAACCCGGCGCACAUGAUCGUUGGCGAGCCCACUGCCCUGAAAAUGUCCAAGAUGCAGAAGGGUGUCCUCAAGAUUCAGCUUACCCAGGAGGGUGUUGCGGCUCACAGUGGAUACCCGCACUUGGGUGACUCAGCCAUCGACCCGAUGAUCGAUGUCUUGUACGACCUGAAGAAGGAGAACUGGCCGACAACCGAAGAGUACGGCAACACCGAUCUCAACAUCGGUCUGCUCAACGGAGGCCAGGCUGCCAACGCGCUGGCUGAGCAGUCUUCGGCGAUGCUGAUGUUCCGUUUGGUCACUGAGCCUGACGUUAUCUACAAGCGCGUUGAGGAAAUCGUUGCUGGCCGCGUGGGCAUGAAGCUCUACACGUCCAACGCUCCCGUUCACCUGACGACCGUGGAGGGCUACGAGACGGGUGUCGCGUGCUUCAACACGGAUGUGCCUUACUUUAACUUCGACGGCAAGGCGUAUCUGGUUGGAGCCGGCAGCAUCACCGAUGCCCACUGCCCGCGCGAGUUCAUCAUGCUCGAGGACUUGAAGAGCGUCGUUGACUACUACUUCACGCUGGGUAAGCGGUUGAUCGAGGUGGGCAAGUAA